GAUGUUUCUUUGUUGUUCUUCAUUCAUUCAUCCUCCUGUGUUGAUGUUUUGGGUCACAACUACUGGAUUGCGAUAUUUUCCACCACCACCCGCUACCCAUACAUUUUUCAAAUCUUAGCUACUUGCUACUUUAAAAUUUAAAAUUGUAAUGAAUACCAGAUGGUGCUGGAAUUAAAAAAAUGUUUUUCACUUCGGAUCUACCAUCAGUAAAGGAAGAACACAUAUAAUCCCUUUUAUAUGAAUCAGUGCUCAAAUUACUGUGAAAUGUUUCCUCUCAAUGAGACUAUUAGCAAGAUCUUUCCACUUCAUUGUCUGGAAUAUGUACAAGAUGAUUUUUUUGCAUUCUAAUUAAGCUUAAAUUACUAAAGAAUUUGUAGCCUCUUCAGAUAUUGACUAAAAUCAUAAUUAGUACAAAUAUUGCAGACUAAAUAUUUGUUAGGAAUAAAAUAUAAAGAUAUAUAAAAAAAAAUGUAUAUUGUGGUGAGAGAAGAAAAAAUGAUGGAAAAUGAAUUGUGUGAUGGAAAUUUAGAAUGUAAACCACAGUCUAAAAGGAUUGAUAUUAUUGGUAAGAUACCUACUGAUAUAGGAAAAACAUCAUAUCACUGUGAUAUUUGUAAAAAACCAUUCACUCAAAAAGGUAACCUUACUACCCACAGACGUAUUCAUACAGGAGAGAAGCCUUAUAAUUGUAAUAUCUGUGGUAAAUCAUUCUCUCAGACAGGUAGCUUAACUAUACAUAAGCGCAUUCAUACAGGAGAGAAACCAUUUGACUGUGAUAUCUGUGGUAAAUCAUUUGCUCAUAGAAGUACUUUGAAUCAACACAAAAGUAAUCAUUCAGGGAAGAGGCCAUACUGUGAUAUUUGUGGUAAAACAUUCUCUCAGAAAGGUAACUUGGCUACACACAGUCGCAUUCAUACAGGAGAGAAACCUUAUCGCUGUGAUAUCUGUGGCAAAUCAUUCUUUCAGAAAGGUAACUUAGCUGAACAUAAACGUAGUCAUACAGGAGAAAAGCCAUAUCACUGUGAUAUUUGUGGUAAAUCAUUCUAUAACAGAGGCAACUUAACUGCACACAAGCGUUCUCAUACAGGAGAGAAGCCAUAUUACUGUGAUAUCUGCAGUAAAUCAUUCUCCAAAAGAAGUGUCUUAACUAGUCACAAACGUAUUCAUACAGGACAUAAGCCAUAUCAUUGUGAUAUCUGUGGUAAAUCAUUCUUUCGAAAAUCUAGCUUAACUGAACACAAAUAUAUUCAUACAGGAGACAAGCCAUACCAUUGCAAUAUCUGUGGUAAAUCAUUCUCCAAUGGAAGUAACUUAAUUCAACAUAAGCGUAUUCAUACAGGGAUGAUACCCUAUCACUGUGAUAUCUGUGGUAAAUCAUUUUCCAAAGGAAUUGACUUAACUAGUCACAAACAUAUUCAUACAGGAGAGAAGCCAUAUCACUGUGAUAUCUGUGAUAAAUCGUUCUGCAGUGGAAGAAACUUAACUGCUCACAUGCAUAUUCAUGCAGGAAAUAUUUCAUAUCACUGUCAUAUCUGUGGUAAAUCAUUCUCUCAUAGAAGCACCUUAGCUAAACACAAACGUAUCCAUACAGGAGAGAAACCAUAUCACUGUGAUGUCUGUGGUAAAUCUUUCUCUGUAAGUAGUAGCUUAACUUCACACAAGCGUACUCAUACAGGAGAGAAGCCAUAUCACUGUGAUAUCUGUGGUAAACCAUUCUCAGAUGGCAGUAACUUAACUGCACAUAAACGUAUUCAUACAGGAGAGAGACAGUUUCACUGUGAUAUUUGUGGCAAAUCAUUCUCUGAAAGAAGUAAUUUAACUGCACACAGACGUAUUCAUACAGGAGAGAAACCAUAUCAGUGUGAUAUCUGUGGUAAGGCAUUCUCACAAACAAGGCAAUUAAGUACACAUCUAUGUAUUUAUACAGAAGAGUGAUUCUGUCAAUGUCAACAGUCAUUCAGCAAAAGAAAUAUCUUAUGUAACAAUAAAUAUGUUCACUCAGAAAAUAAAACAUGUGUCGUGAUUACGAUCUCGUACCACUCUAUUUUAGAUAAUCACAACUAUACUGGGACCUACUUUAAUACAUCUUUCCUUUGUAAGGUGGUGAGAUGGCAGAAUCUUUAGUGCACCAGACGAAAUGCUUAGCUGUAUUUCGUCUGUCGCUACAGUCUGAGUUGACAUUCCACUGAGGCAAACUUUGCCGUUCAUCCUUUUGGGGUCAAUAAAUUAAGUACCAGUAAAACACUGGGGUCAAUGUAAUUGACUUAUCCCCUCCCUGCAAAAUGGCUGCCCUUGUGGCAAAAUUUGAAACCAUUGUUGUUGUUAUUUUAUAGAAGGCAGAAAGCUGGCAGAGUUGUUAGCAUGCUGGGCAAAAUGUUUAGCAGCAUUUUGUCCAUCUGGACAUUCUGGGUUCAAAUGCCACUGAGAUCAACUUUGCUUUUCAUCCCUUUUGAGUUGAUAAAAUAAGUACCAGUUGAACACUGGGAUCAAUGUCAUCGACUUCCCCCACUCACCAAACCUACUGGCCUUGUGCCAAAAUUUGGAACCAAUAUUUCUAUUAAUAAGCAAUUGUCCUUGCAUACAGGUAUGUCCCCCACCCUCCUCUCCAGCUAUGCAUUCUUAAUCGUGUGGGCUCAUGAUGCUGGUGCCACAUAAAAAAACACCUGUACUGGUGCUCUGUGUGACCAUGAGUGUUGAAGCAUCCCCUCCUCAGUGUGGGAUGUAGCUUGGCAUAGUUUUUUCCUUGAGAUCAUUGAAGUGUUGAAACUUUUGUACAAUAGACUCUGUCCUUAAUGUAGUCUCAUAAGAAGAAGGCUAGAAGUAUUGUAUCUCAUGGCCCUGGUGCCCACCUUUUUUCCAACCAUCAGUUUGGGAAAGUUCCAUUGAGAAACUCUCAAAUACUCAACCCUCAAUGGCACAGUGCACCAUCUUGUUGGAGGAUAACAGUUGGCUGCAAGUGAUGCAACUCAAGCAUGAGGCCACACCAAACAUUGACUUAGAUUGUUUUUCUCCAGUUCUCUUGUUUCAUGUGUAUUUUCUGAACCCCAGAUUCUUGUUCUUAAGUAUCAUUCCUGAGACAUGAAAUGCUGCUUCAUCACUAAAACAAAUCUUUUGAACAAAGCCUUCCUCUUUAUCUGAUUGAGUAACGUGUCUACUGCAAAUUGUUUCAUUUGGGGUUUGUCAUCUGGCUGAAGUACUUGCAAAACUUGUACUUUAUAAGUAUAAAACCUCAAGUUCUUGUGCAAAACUUUGAUGUUCUUUGUUGCUCAGCUUCUGUUUUCUGUAGGAUGCCUCUUCUUUGCAAAAACUUUUUAUGCCAGGCACAUAUGUAUACAUGAAUUGGUGGUUCUUUUCCAUACUUUGUAUUCUAUUAUUUUUUAAGCAUGCAUUACCUCUAACCAAUACUUAUGUUAACACAACUAUAUGCUAUAAAAUUUACAAACUUUGAUAAAAAUUUUUAUUCCUUCAAACUGAUCUUCACUUUCUUUGAAGUUGUUUGAUUUGUUUGGUACCAGAUACUAGAAAUUAGUUGAUAUCAUGCAAUGAAUGAUAGACAAAACAACAGAUUACCUCUCGAUGAAAUGAUGGUGGCUGUUAUCAAUUGAAUGUGUGAUGUAGUAAACUGGUUGACAGUACCAAGGAAAAUAUAUUUGCCAAUCAUUUUCCCUGCUGUAGUCUAACAACUUACAUCAUCAUCAUUUAAUGUUCAUUUUCCUUGCUGGUGUGGGUUGGACGGUUUGACUGGGACUGGCAAGCUGUACUAGGCUCCCAUUGUCUGUUUUGGCCUAGUUUCUACAGCUGGACGCCCUUCCUAAAACCACUCAUUUUACAGAGUGUACUGGAUGUUAUUUUACAUGCCACAUGCGUCAGUGCCUUUUAUGUGUCACCAGCACUGACUAUGACCACAAUUCACUUAGCCUGAAGUGUCCUGAUUUAGGACGAAUGUUGCUUUAAUUUAGCCUCAGGAGACAUUGUCUCCAGCUGGCUAUGCAACAUGAUCUGUGUCCUUAUAUUUUCAAACAAGGGAAUCUAGCAUCCCCACCCUGCUCAAAACAAUAUCUGUGUAUCGCAAUUUCCAGGUUGUUUCCCUUCAUCAGCACAGAAUAAUUGCCACAUUCCCGUUUGAAAUAUAUAGUUUUCAAAAUGACAAUUAGUCACUGAUCUAUAAAUUAGAAAAUUACUAUUUUUAAAUCUCACAAUGAGAGAUAUUCAGCAACAGUACUUUGUAGUAAAGAUUGUUUGCCAACAUAACAUGGCAGUCCUGGUUUAGGCAAACAAUCUUUACUACCAAAGAUCAUAUUUCACCACUUCAUCCCACAUCUUCCUGGGUCUACCCCUUCCAUAGGUUCCCUCCACAAUUAGAGAUCUGCUCAUUUAUUAUAUAUGGUUUCUUGAACAAAGAACAUGGUCUUGCUUCAUAGAAGUUAUGGUAAAUAUAGUAAAAUAGAAAACCUGAAUUGCAUAGUGUUUGGGGGAAAUGUUGAAAAGUAAUUUUGAAACCAUUGAUAUGUGCAAUGAACGAAAUUGCUGAUCCUAACAUUUACAAGUAGAAAUCAGCCAGAAAUAACUUAUUUCAGUAUAUUAUGGUGAGAUAUUGUAGGUUGGGUUGAGGUUAUAUGAGUUUUUAAUAUUAAGCACUUUUGUGCAAUCUUUGAUAUCUUUUCGCCAUGAUCUAGACUUUUCUGUUUGAUUGUCAACAGUGUUUGUAUCUUCUGCAUGGACAUAGUAAUGGCAAUAAACUCAAUCACUUGUAACAAAUAUGUUGCCAGGACAAAGUCGUAGAAGGAAUGGGGGAGCCAAUGAUUUUAAGUUUCAGCAUGUCAAUCAUUUUUAUGCUAAAUUAUCUUAAUACUGUUAAAAACAACUGAUUGAACUCAAACUAGCUCACUGAUACUUUUGAUAACUUUAAAGAAAAGACAAGAUUGGGGUAUAAAUAUCAAUUUCAAACACAUCUUUGAUGAACCAUUUUUCCAUGUUCUUCAGCACCUUUUUUAUAUGUUAAAAUCACUUUUAUUGAUAUCAAACGCUACUCUUUGAGUCAAAUUAUUGGCAGUUGACAUACAUUCACCUUUAAUCGUUCUAAACUGAAGAAGCAAUGGACAAACCAGUGUUAUCUUUGAGUAAGUGUUUAUGCUCACUAUGGCUCAUUAAAUAUUCAUGGGACCUGCAGAAAUUCCAAUAACUGAUGUUUGGAUAACCAAAGUUUAACUCAGUGUGUGUGUGUGUCUUUCCUUUCAAAUGUUGUUUUUGAUGUUGUUUCCCCAUUUUUUGUAUUGCCGUUCUCUAAGAUAAGAUUGAUGUUUGUAAAGAGAUUUGGAUGUUAUUCCUAAAACAGAUUAAAUGAUUCCAUAAAGGUAUCAUCUGUUGGUAAAAUAAUACAAAUUAUGUUUUACAACUUCAAACAUGAGAAUAAUGAAAAGGACAAAACUAAAAGCAAUUCAUGAUUAUAACAAAAACAUCUGACAUGAUAAAGAAGCUGAUCACAACACAUCAAAUAAAGAAUAUUCCCCCAGUUUUCAAGCAAACUGAUACAGACUAAAUUUUGACAAAGUAAAAAUGACUUGUUAAACACUAAAGCAUUCAGUAUCUUUAAUUGGUUCUUAUGUUUUUAUUUAGCUAUAUUCUUUAUUAUCUUAUGGAAUUUGUAACAUUCCUGGAAACAAAUUUGCGUUUCAUUAUGAUUUAGUUAACAUGCAUUAAAAUGGAUGUAAAUUAACUGAAGGUGAUGACUGACAUUCUAAAAUAUUAUGAAGAGAAACAGAAAAAUCCCUUAACCUUUUAGUAUUCAGAUUACUUUAUCAAAUAUAAUGCUUAUCUAAUCACUGCUUUUAAUUAAUCAUGAAUAUCUCCAUAACUCUGAGAUUUUGAUCAUGUGACUGCAUAUUUUUAGGAUCAGUGUUCGAAGCUGCAUCUGGUUGAUUUUAACAUAAAACAAGUAGAAUAUUUAGACUGGAUAUGACUGAUUUAAAUACUAAAAGGUUAAUUAUAUUCACUGAACGCCUUUGUUAUACUGCCUCUGUGGGCACUUAUUUGUGUAAUACCUUCUGUUGGUAUUUUAAGUAUUUUAGAAAUACCAGCUGAAGUACAUCAUUCUACUGCAUUAUAAACAACAAUGACCACCACUGAAACUGCAAUUGAAUGGAUGGCAUGUUGAUGCAUGACGGCCAUCGGUUAUAUGUGAACAGUGUGAUAAUCCAGCAUAUUAAUGAGCUGCGCAGAAAGAACUGACAGGAAACGGUAGUGUUAUUUCUGUUGAUUCAGUGUGUUGACAGGUGUAUAAGGAAUAAGUAUGAAGUGAAAUGAUUCGUCUGUGUCCACUAACUCUAUUUUAUAGAGAAGCCUCUGCAAGCAUAUAUGAUGACAACGCUCUCUUUGCUAUUACUUUCUCUCAGUCAUGGUUAUUACUCUCACUACUUCUCUUUCCCUGAAUUACUCUUGUCUCUCCUCUCCCUUCACUUAUACUACACUUUCUGCUACUCCUAUAUAUUUUGACAAAUAUAUAUAUAUACACACAAAGACAUAAAAGCACUACACUCAUUACUAUAUAGGAGAUAGAUUUUGUUAUGAUGUUUUGUAUUUGAGAAAUCUAAUGUAAACGAAACUGAAGGUGAAAAAUGGGUAAUGGGUGUAUAUGCCAUAUUUCAGGAGCCUUUGCUUCUUCAUCAGCACCCAUCCACGAACUCAUUGCUUAAAUAGUAACUAAAUAUAGCAGUGUAAUGUUAUUAGAUAUACCAACAUUACAUAUUAAACAUGUAAAGUUCUGGUUAUAAUUUCUAUAGAAAAAUCUGCAGAGAUAACCUUAAUAAGUGAUUUGAUAGCACUGCUAACACAGUAGAACACAGUACUGACUUAUAAAAGUGUUUAAUAUACUUUGUGGUAUAUUAUGGUUGCAUAACAAAAUACGAUGUCCCUACAGAUCAUUAAUAAAUCAGCUUUAUUUAGAUUUCAGGUUAUUAAUACUUACAAAAAUGUGAUGAGAACUUACUUUUCAGAUGAAAUGGAAACAAGAUUGAGAAAAUAAACUGAUACACAUGACCAGCCCAUAUUGGCAUGGAUAAAUGACAUUAAAAUGUUGAUGAUGAUGAUGUUUACAAUGACACUUACAAAUUAACAUUCAGCUGAGUCAUUAAUAGAUAAAUGAUAAAACUUCUCAUCAAAAGAAUCAUUCCCAUGGUGGGAUACAUAAAUUAAACAUCCCACUUGAAUGUACAUAGGAUACAAAAAAAGAAUCUGUAUAACACCCAGAAUAUGAGUGUAUGUAUAUAUAUAUUUUCUUUUACUUGUUUCAGUCACUUGACUGCAGCCAUGCUGGAGCACCACCUUGAAGGGUAUUAGUCGAACAAAUUGACCCCAGUACUUAUUUGAUCAGUCAUUUUUGUUGAACCAACAAGUUAUAGAGAAGUAAACAAAUCAACACCAGUUGUCAAGCAGUGAUGGGACAAACUGACAUGCACACAAAUAUAUAUAUAUAUAAAUAUAAAUGUAUAUAUAUAUAUAUACGAUGGGCUUCUUUCAG